AUGGCUGCAGAAAUUAAUGCUCUUAAACAGAAUAAUACUCGGACACUCACCCAUUUGCCUCAUGGUAAAAUUCCCAUUGACUUUACGGUACAGUGUGCUCUGACAGUUGCAGCAAUGAAGCAUUGGCCUUUGCAUCAGCUUAAUGUUAACAAUGCUUUUUUACAUGGUGAUCUCCAUGAAGAAGUCUACAUGAAUCCUCCCGAUUUUUAUCGCAAAAGGGAGCAUCUAGAUCCUAGCCAAUAUAGACGUUUAGUAGGUCCUCUUAUCUAUCUCACUAUCACUAAGCCAGAUAUAGUCUACUCAGUUCAGAUUCUCUGUCAAUUUAUGUCCAAGCCUCGCCAACCCCAUCUCAACACUGCAUAUCAGGUUUUGGCUUAUAUGAAAUCUGCUCUUGGCAAGGGUAUAAUAUUGCCUUCAGAUCAAUGCCUUCAACUUGAAGGCUACUGUGAUUCUGAUAGGGGUGCUUGUCCAACCACCCGUCGUUCCGUCACUGGUUAUUGUGUUUUUCUUGGUAACAGUCCUAUUUCAUAG